CCACACUUAAUACUUCCAGAGAAGUCGCUUCAGCUUCGAUUCCACAGCAAUUUCUGGCCCAUGGCACCACCCAACAAGAUGCACAACAAUCUCUUGACCUUGUUGGUGGUCCUGUUCUACGCAACGCCACCUUCGCCGACGCAUGGGCUAUCGUAGACAUCGUCGACGCCGCAUUUAGUCCAUCCGCCCCGACCAGAUACCGAUACCAAUUCAAGGACAAAUACCCCCAGGAGCACCGGCAAUGUAUGUACGAGGCUUACACCGAGGUGUUCGAUCCAGAGUGCAUCUACGUGCAAGUCAUUCAAUUGCCUGACCAUGAGGAUCCGGUCUCUGUGGCAGUUUGGGUAGACGCGAAAAAGUAUCCCUUCUCGGACACGCAAGGAUGGAAUGUCAGGUCUGGUUUACGAGGACAAGGUUCCAAAUGCACUCAUAAAGACGAAAACGCCACACGAGCCGCGGACUGGGACCAGAAAUUCAGCAAAGAGCACAACAAGUACUUGAACGAGGUCUACGGGAGGAAUCAAUUCUAUCUCGCCGCCCUCGCUACACACCCCGAUUUCCAGGGCCGAGAGUACGGCGAACAACUUGUCCUCUCAGGACUCCAAAUGGCCCCGAUCCUAGAUCUGGACACGGUCACAUUGAUUGCCACGCCGGUCGGUGAGCCGGUGUACUUCAGUCUCGGCUUUCGAUCUGUUGCGAACAUCAGUAUCACGAGCGUUGGUGAGGAUAUGGUCUUUCCUUUUGAUGUUAUGGUCUAUCCAUAGCCCUACUACACUCAAUACAAUCGCCUUGUUCGGGUGGUAUGUUUAGUACGAAACCUCAAAACCUUGCCACCCCUCCAACUUCUCUUUGAUCUGGCCCUCGUACAUUUCAAUUCCACCUGGAUGGGUCAAGAUUUGGACUUUCUGCCCGGGUAUGGUGGCUCUGUUCCACCAACUAUUUGUCAGUGGGAAUAAUGUGGGCUUGUUCAUCGCGUCGAUCAUGGCGUCCCAGCUAUCCUCGGCAUCUCUCUUCGGUUCCAU